CUGACACUCCAUCGGUGUUUGAAGAGGAUGCAGACAGCUGGAUGAGCCAGAGGUUCUCACAGACAAGCUGGCGCCAGGCUUUCACACAAUCACAGGAUAUGUAAAGACUUCAAUAACGACCCAUUAGGCCUAAUGAUUGAGAAUCGAUCAGGCGUUAACUCCUCCAUGCAUAUGUUAAUGUGAUGCGGCACGGGGCUAUAUAUAUUCAGGCCGCUUCUGGAGGCCUGGCAAACAGUCUUGGAUUGUACUCGGAUAGAUUCACUUCCUCAGACACACAGACAGCAAGCAUGGUGAAGAAGUUUUCUGUGGACUGGCUCGCCCAAAGCUUUCACGAUUCGCCGCCUCAAGACGUUCUGGAGCCGGAGACAAAGACGCACAGGCCACACGUACCGUGUGUGGUUCAACCGAGACCUCCAACAUCAUAUGACAAGGUUUAUUUGCAGCCAAAACCAAAGGUUAACAAAGCUGAACAGAAACCAGAGACCGUUAAAGAGAAGGAGGUUACGCAAAGAAGCUGCUCAUCUCCAAGCUUCUCAGAAAACAGCGGCUAUUCGUCUGGUUAUGAGAGCGAAGCGGCCGCGUCUGAAUGCGCAUCCAUCGAAGAUGGAAACGAGACUGAGAAAGACGCGGCGACGCGAAGAAUCAGAACCAAAUUCACGCCGGAGCAGAUCGACAAACUGGAGAAGAUCUUCAACAGGCACAAAUACUUGGACGCGGGAGAGAGAGUGAAAACUGCUUUGAAACUCAAUCUGUCAGAAACUCAGGUCAGAACUUGGUUCCAGAACCGCAGGAUGAAGCUGAAGCGGGAAGUCCAGGAGAUGCGCGCUGACUAUCUGCUGCCUCAGAUGGUUCUUCCGCACGUGCUUCCGGUUCAGUACCACUGCUACGACAGACAGCGACUUCCGUUUCCGCCUCACGGCGCGCUGAUACAGCAGAUGAUGCCGCUGGUUCCGCCUCACCAGCUCAUGAUGCCGAGGCAGCAUUACUACUGAAGACUGACACAU